AUGUCCCACACUGAUGGUGUCUUCAGCCUUGCUACUCACGCUCACAGUCUCUAUCCCAUUGACGGUGCUUGCAUUUUGCUACUGCAGCACCUGGACAAUCUCGUUUUCAUGUCGCCCACUCCUGAUGCUCAUGCGUUGAUCUGGCAGGGCUGGGCCACAUCAUUUUUCGCUUACGAGUUAUGCAUGACCUGUGACUAUCUGAACCGUGCCAAGGGUUUGCUGUAUGAGGUCAAUUUGGUGUAUGACUGGCUUGUGCUGAAUGCAAGCCCUGACUUUGAUUGGAUCCCAGCAGUAGUCCCUUCCUCCCUGAGAGGUUAUUCUGAGGCUGUCGGGACUGCUGACCCAAGUCGUUCUCCUGCUGUGAUGGCUGAGAUCAUGCAAGAGAUCGUCGAGGCUGCAGACCAUGGUGAUUUUGACAAGUUUCCUGAAGGUCGCGACCAUACUUGCGACCACUUCUUAAUGGCGUACAUGGCAAAUGACAUUUUUGUAGAUCGGCACGACCGUACAUUCCUUGGGCAGACCAUCCCGAUUGACUGCUGGUGA